ACAGGCCAGCUAACGCCCGACUACAGCAAACCGGCUUUAAACGCACAUGUGCGCCGAACACGGCGCCUGCUGCUGGUGUAAAAACGAGGUCAGAGCAGUGCGAAAGGAAAGGAGCAUCAUGUGGAUACGUACAUGUUUGCGCACCCGCUCUUUGCCAGUGUUUCGUGGCGCGGAUUCAGGCAGUCAGGCCCGCGCUGUACGCGAACCAACUUUAUUGUUCCCCGGCUGCUGACAGUCCGUCUCCGGUCGGACCUACGAGGGGUUGCAGUCGCGCACCGCUCCGUCUUCGUACUAUUUAUCAUCAUUUGUAGGGGUUCAAAAGCGGAUUUUUUCGCCCUUUAAUAAUCGGGCUCAUGAAUCCAAAAGUGCCUGGACUCCAUUCAACAGAAUAUGCAGUCGGGAAAAUCUCACCUUCAGUUGUUUUGAAAUAAUUUGCAUUCUUUGCUUUAGGCCGCGGUGAGACCUCGGCUUCGAGUGACACCAAGAGGGACUGAGAGCGCUUCACUUUCCGCCACUGGCGCCACUUUGGACCCGCCACAGAAAUGAGAAAAGCUCCUCCACACCACAGCAAGCAGGCCACUCCUUUUCAUCCGCUCGGGAGAAACCGUGAGGCGGCUGCAGCGCGGGCGGGGACGCGGCAGCGCCGUCCCGGGGUGUCCGCUGCCUGACUGAGCGGUGACGGCGACGGAGCCGCGAGGGGGGCCACGAGCUGCCGCGCGGCGCUCCACGUGCCUCCGCGCUCCUGAGCCUCCGGCAGGACGCCACGUCCGCGGGAGCGAGCGCCUGGAAGUCGCGUGACGUGAGGCGCACGCGACUGCUCAGCGAAUUAGAACAAACACGCUACUCCGAAAAUGCUGCGCGUGUCUGACCGAGACGCGCACUUGUUGUGGCCCUCGGGGUGCGGUUCACCUCCCAAGAGACAGCAGCAGGCCAUGGUCAGCACAGCGUGGCCUGCUUGACUCCUCUCUCGUCGCCGAAGCCCGCUUGACACCAGGUUGUAUGGCGCCGCUGUGUGACGGCGUACACCCGCAGGACAGAAGGCCCCCAUCUGCGCAGUGAAGGGCCGCGAGACAGAGCCGAGUCUCGCCCUGCUCUUGGUCCGCACGGCACUGCACCGCGUUCGUCCGAUCAGCCGAGCAAAGUGUGCGCGCGUACGCGCGUGUUUGUCCCCCCUGCACCGCUCCUCCCAGUAUGGCGUCGGUGCCCGUGUACUGCCUGUGCAGGCUGCCCUACGAUGUCACCCGCUUCAUGAUUGAGUGUGACGUGUGCCAGGAUUGGUUCCACGGAAGUUGUGUGGGUGUCGAGGAGGAGAAAGCUGCAGAAAUUGACCAGUAUCACUGCCCCAACUGUCAAGUGACACAUGGUCCCUCCAUCAUGCGCAAGCGGCGGGGUGCUCAGAAACAGGCUGACGCAGCAGGAGGGGCAAGGCAAGCCAGUCGUCCCAUCAAGACGGGCAGUUCGCAGUUUGUGCGGGAGCUCCGAGGGCGCACCUUCCCGAGUGCCGAUGAGGUGCUGCUAAAGCCCAGCGGAGCCCAGCUGACUGUAGACUUCCUGGAAGAGCGCUCCUUCAGUGUUCCCGUGUUGGUACUGAGGAAGGACGGGCUAGGCAUGAGCCUUCCCCCUCCGUCUUUCACCGUCUCGGAUGUUGAGCAUUACAUAGGUGGCGACAAGGUGAUUGACGUGAUAGAUGUGUGCCACCAGGCAGACGUGAAGAUGCACUUGGGGGAGUUCAUAGAAUAUUACAACAGCCCCAACCGAGACCGAGUGCUCAGUGUCGUCAGCCUGGAGUUCUCAGAGACCAGGCUGUCUAACCUGGUGGAGACCCCCAAGAUUGUGCGGAAACUUUCCUGGGUGGAGAACCUCUGGCCAGAGGAGUCUGUCUUUGAAAGGCCCAGUGUGCAGAAAUAUUGCCUGAUGGGCGUCAAGGACAGCUACACAGACUUCCACAUUGACUUUGGGGGGACCUCUGUGUGGUACCACGUACUUCGGGGUGAGAAGAUCUUCUACCUGAUCAGACCCAGCCCAGCUAACUUGGCCCUGUUUGAGCGGUGGAGCUCCUCUUCCAACAAGAACGAGCUCUUCUUCGGCGACCAGGUGGACAUGUGCUACAAGUGCGCUGUGAAGCAGGGAAACACCCUCUUCAUACCCACAGGGUGGAUCCAUGCUGUGCUCACGCCUGUGGACUGCCUGGCCUUCGGCGGGAAUUUCCUCCACAGUCUCAACAUUGAUAUGCAGCUGCGAGCCUAUGAGAUAGAAAAGAGACUGAAUACAACAGGACUCUUCAAGUUCCCCAAUUUUGAGACGGUGUGCUGGUACGUUGGCAAGCACCUGCUUGACACAUUCAGAGGCCUCCGAGAGAACCGCAGACACCCUGCGACAUACCUGGUCCAGGGAGCCAAGGCUCUCAGCAACGCCUUCCGUAGCUGGACACGCAAAGAGGCCCUGGCUGAACAUGAGGAUGAGAUUCCUGAGACCAUUAACACCCAGCAGCUUGUUAAGGACCUGACUAAGGAGAUCCGCCUGGUGGAGGGCAGAGAGCGAGGGAGUCAGGAUGUCUUUCAGCAGAACUUGAGUAAGACAGGGGUCACUCUUGGGGUCUCCAAAGGGCUAUCCUCAUCCCACCAGAGUGCCCCGCUGACUGCACCUCAUGCUCCUGGCCGUCCACCUGGGAGAAAGAGAGGCCCUAAACCCAAAGAAAAGCCUGUAGGAGUGAGGAGUAAAGGCAAAAAAGACAAAGAGAGCCGGAUAAAGGCUGGUUCAGGAGAGCUUGAUCUGCUAGAGAUUCACACCAAACACACACUGAAGAAGCUCCAGCCUGGAAACAAGGGCAAAAACAAGCUGGAAAUUCCUGAUGACCCCAAAGGGAAACUUAAAAAGAGCAAACUGAAACUGGUCUUGACCAACGGAAAAGUACUAGGAAAGGAUGGUGGGCCUGCAGAUGGUGGAGAAACAUGCAGCAUAGCCCAGUUUCAGCCCUUGACUGGCCAGCUCCACAGUAUGAGCAGUGCGACUCUCUCCGAUUUCGACUCUGAGGAUGAGCUGCAGAUUGACGAGACUCCGCCCCCUCGGCGCAAGGCACUGAACAAAAAGAAGAUAACUGGUCUUCCGAGGAAACUCCCCCGGGCCAAGCCUUGCUCUGACCCCAACAGAAUCCGUGAGCCAGGGGAGGUCGACUUUGACAUUGAGGAGGACUACACUACGGAUGAGGACUCGCUGACCGUGUCUGGCAUGAAAGGGGGAGCUGGGGGGAUUCUGGACCUGCUAAAGGCCAGCAAACAGGUAGCUGGCCUGGACUCCGGCCUCAGCGAGGAAGCCCCAGCCUCACCCAGCACCAGGGAUGCCAUCCAAGGAAUGCUUUCUAUGGCCAACCCGCCUUCGUCCCCCUCCUCGUCUUCCUCACUUUCCGUCUCGAUAAGUCCAGGGAAGGAAGUUGGCAAACAACGAGACAAGAGUGAGGGAGGAGCAUCUUGGUGUGGAAGCAAGGCUCAGAAAGGUGGGAGGAGCUCUGAAAAGAAAAACACUAUCCAGCGUCCAGGGAAACGUCCAAUCAAGCGCCCAGCCCGACACCUAGGAGAGGAUGAGGACGAGAGUCCAGAUGAGCAAGAAACACUGGGCACCUGUUUCAAGGAUUCGGAUUACGUCUACCCUUCGCUGGAAUCUGAUGAGGAGGACCAAGCACUUAAAUCAAAGAUGAAGAGGAAGAGGAACUCUGAUGACAUGCCUUGGAAUCCCAAAGCCCGCGUCACGCCCACCCUACCAAAACAGGAGCGUCCGGUGAGGGAGGGAACGAGGGUGGCGUCUGUGGAAACGGGGCUUGCUGCUGCUGCUGCAAAGCUGGCACACCAGGAGCAGCAGAAAAGUACAAAGAGAAAAUACACGAAAAGGCGCCCCCCUGCCCCCGUUGUGCUCCAGCCCCAGGCCCAGUCUGUUCCUUCCCCCAUCUCCCCUGUUCUUCCCCCUGACCCCCCCACUGACGGCGUGCCAGAAGAGAGGAAGGUGGAAUGCUAUCCCGCCAGCCUUUUGGACCAUGAGUAUACCGCUGGGCCUGGCCCCUUUGGUCAAGGGGGUCCACGAGGGACUGCAGCUAUGGCUCCCGGGGUGUUCCUGAGCACCAGGAGGCCCUCUCUCUCCCCCCAGAAUAGCAGCAGUUACUCUCCCUCAGCCACUUCACCAGCAGGAGGGGCCAGCAGUGCGGGAGCUGCAGGAGGGCAAGGAAAGCGCCCAAAGAAGGGCCUGGCGACGGCAAAGCAGAGGCUGGGGAAGAUCCUCAAAAUUCACCGCAAUGGCAAACUUCUGCUGUGAUCGAGGCACUGAACGGAAGCACCUAAAUAAGGCAGACGAUGCAGUAUUGGCGAAUAGCUGGAGCUCACACAUAAUAAUCUUCCUCCAGCUUCAACAAAGGUGGAACGUUGAGUCAAAAGGAGGUUUGCAAAUUUUAAUGAAGAAUGUAGUUUUAUAUGUAUGUAGAUUAGUGUGAGGGUAUAACAAAACAUGUUGCAUCCAGCUGUGUCCUUCUUUCCGCAUCACCAUUUUCCUCAUAUUUUCCAUUGUUCGGCUAGUAUUGACACUUCAGACGUGUCUGCAUUAAGGCAGUACGCAAAGUAUAUUCUCAGAACAUGUAUGUAAAUAUGUGUAUGCUGUGUAUAUACGUGUGUGUGUGUGUAUCUAUAUACUUUUUUAUAAAUUGGUUUCUGUUGUGCUUUUAUAUGUGAGUAACGUAAAUACGACCACAUUCUCUCCUUUGGCUUCAUUUCGAUCCCUUCAUUCUCUAUCCUUUUAUGUGUGAAGGCUUCGUUGAAAGCUAGGACGCUCAUACGCUGCACUGCAUUUCAGUGACUGUAAGAUGAUUCUUAAUUUAUUGCAAUUAUUGCUGUCUGGUAAAGAACAAUGAGUUCCUCCAUUCAUGCCUCCGUUUGUGUCGAGAUCAUACCCAGAAAAAGGCAGCUACAAACAAUGCCAUGGUAACACAGAGCUUUGCGCCAGAGCGGCAUUGAAUGCUGGGAGAUCUGUUGCCCUCUGCCUACUGAACAGUUAGAGAAGUUAAGUGUGCUGUCAAGUCUCUGUUUUCGUUCUGUUUCAGUCCAGUGCCCUAUUUGUGGUUGUUCGCUGCCACGGAAGUAGACGAGAAUGCCGUCGAACCUCAUGCUUAAAGCUGUGGAUGCAGGAGGUUAUCCAGCGCUACCUUAAGAGCAAGGCUGUCAAAGGCAUUUGGAGACCAUUUUUUGAGUGUGACAGAGAACCCGUGGCAACAGGAAAUAAUGAGAACACAUGAAAGUAAGGCAAGAAGUGCUUUUUUUAUGCACUGCCUGGAGUGUGGAUAUGAAGUGAGAAUAAAUGGAAACGAUUCAGUGUUUUGUCAAAGGCUCUAUACAGUACAUACCAUUGCAUGUGAUCCACACCCAUGAACCUCAUUAAUAAUGUUCAUUUGAUAAGUGUCUGUCAGUCAGUCAUAUCCGUGUGUGAGUGCAACUUCCUCCUCAUUCCUUUCAGUGUAGCUUUGUUAGUCCUUUCACUGUCACUGCUGGCGAUGACUGAC